AUGAAACUGUGCAUCUUCUUAAUCAUUAUUUUACUUAUUAAUACUACAUCAGGUAUAUGUCAAUUUUCAGUAUCUGAUGGUAUCAUUGAUCUUCGUACAUUGUCUAGCAGAGAUGGACAACCAUUAUUUCGAAAUAUAAAAUCACAAGAUCCCUUCGAUGAUUAUCUUUAUUCCUAUGAGCCAUGUUCAAUAUUUAAUGAAUUCGAUUGUCUAAACAGUUAUGUAUGUCAAUCGAAUAUUUCAUCAGCAAUCCCUAUUGGCAAUAUUGAGCCAACAAUAUUUUCUGUUAAAGAUAUAUCGUAUAUUGCAUAUCGUGUUAUGAAUGAAUCACAGUUAUUAACCCAAGUAAAGUUAAUUUGUACUCAAAAUAAUACAACCAGCGUUCUAACUGCCAUCAAUAUGAAAGAUGGUGUAUACAAUUUUGAACUUAGAAGUCGUUGUUGUUGUCCAAAUGAAUGUGCAGGAUGGGCACCAUCACCAACACCGAUUAAAAAACCUGACAAGCAUAGUCGUCUAAUUGCUAUUAUUUGUUCACUUGUGAUCAUUUUCUUGUUGAUUCUAUCGUGUACGGGUGUAUACAUUUAUAAGAGAUUUGUUUUACACAAAUCAUCUCUUCACAGUAUACCACUAUACAGUCAAUUUGCCAAAUUCAAAACUAAGUCACAACCAACUUACGAUCAAUUAUGA